AUGAAUCAGCAGCGAUUCUCAAUUACAGCGAAAGAUUCUUACGUUGAUGGUCGUCAGAAAAAAUUUGAACUAAACCUGCACGACAAUCUUUCAAUAAACAAUUCACAACGAGCAUUUGCUUUUGACAAUAUCUCACGUUCCAUACCCGUUGUACAACCACGUGUUGAAAUUGCGCAUUCAUACAACGACACUAAUUUUUCUCCUUUCGAGAAAAGCAAUUUUCUUGAUUAUCAAACAGAAAAACUGUUAAAUCAUAAUCAACAAUUCUAUUCAGUAGAGGAGCAUCACGACGAUUUCAGUCUCCGUGAACCCGACACAGCAGAUUACCGUCACCUGAGCAUCACUAUUCCCGACAAUCAUUUCAACGACCAAAUAAGGAAUUCAAAGCUUGCUGAAGAAGUUAAUUUAUUAAUCACCUCCCAUUCAAAUCCUUCUGUCAAUUUACAUUCACAGGACAUUGCAGAUCGAACAAGAAAUCACUUAACACAAAACCCGCUCAAAUUUUUCAAUCUGACAAAAUCAACCGAUCAAUUUCCUUCUGAUAUUCAGAGAACAGAUAGUCUUCCAUGUAAAAAGCCUCAAAUAUAUCACGCUGAAAAUAGACUAAUUAAACGUUUAACUUAUCAUCCAACUGGGAGUCAACAUACUCACGUAACGUAUCCAGUUGUUGAACUAUCAAUACCAAAGGGAGCAUCUAUUGAUGAUGCGUUAAUUGAUGUUCCAUUCAUCGAUCAAGAUAUUAAUUGGCAUUAUUUAUCACGGAACAACUCAGACCCGAACAAUUAUCAAGCCAAAUAUCAAACAAAUACUUCUCCAACGAAUGGUUCAAUCUCAUUAAUCUCUUCUAAAUACGAUCGUUCAUUCAGUAGCGGAGAGCAAACAGCAAGCAGUAAUAUCCAAAGUACGUCAAAAUCUACUCAAGUACCAAUCGUUGAUUACUCCAGUUUGGACGCAUUACUAGACGAAUCACUAUUACAAGACAAAGGAAACAUGUCGAAAUCAACGAAAGAAUGGCGAUCAUCAUUUUCAACGAUGCGAAAUCGCUUUGGUAACACUGGGUUAUUAUCAGAGGAGGAAAUAUUGAACAAUUAUGAUUUUGCAACGAAUGGCUCGAUGACUUUGCCGAAAAGGGCGCUCGCAAAAUCAGCAAGUCAAGGAAAUCUCACAAUUAAUGAACAUUUGGAUUCCAGUGGGAGACGACCAUCACUUCUUGCUAAUGCAGUUGAACGACGUCAUGCUGCCGAAGCGCCAGAACUACAACGUCCGGCAUCUCGUCGGGAAUUGGGCAAUUUUUGGGAAGCAACUAUUAAAGGUCGUUCAGUUACACCACGCAUUUCAUCACCGCUAACCGCUGCGCAACGUAUGGAAUUAUUGGAUGAAUCGGUCAGUGAAACUGGCACCAGUCGAUUAGGCCGACGAUUUUCUGGCGAUAAUUUGGCAAGACGGAAAGCAAAUUUUUUAGAAGCAGUUAAGAGCUCAUCACCACAAAUGGAUCAUGUUACAAUCAAAAGAUCGACCGUUAUACCUCCGAUAGAAACCAAAGAAAAUAGCAUCAAUGGAGGUAUCACUGAGCCAAAUUUUGCAUCUUUGGAUAGUGCAGUUGCAGAACUUAAUAGCAAUUAUGCGCUUACCCGUAACGGUGGAUGUGCUAAAUUUCCACUCUAUGAUUUGCCCUCGUCCAGUCCAGUUGGCAAAAGAGAAGCCUUAACAUCAUUUAUUAAUGGGGCGUUAUUGGCGCAUAGCCCAAGUCCUGAGGCAACAAGUGAUACAAGCUCUAGCUAUAAUGCUCCAAGUGGAUUACCACAUCCGAAACCAAAACACAAUAUACGUGAACAGCUAAUACAGGCUGGAUUUGAACCACGUGGAACAGCAAUCUAUGUGAAUCGUAGUGGCGUGCGUUUUGGGAGUGCACCAAACUUCCCAGUACCUUCCAAUGGUAGCGUUGCAUCGCGUAUAUCCGAAUUUGAGAGAAGGCCUGGUGCCCCGAAUUUACUACGAAUUGCUUGUGCACUAACUGGUACAGAACGACAAAGAAAUGAGGUUUCUCCUAUCAGGUCACCACUGGGACCCAUGUCACCACGAUCAUCAGUAUAUCGUACGAAGCCAAUAAUCCAUGCUGAUAUAAGCGGUACAUCGUUACGUGUAUUUCAGCCAUCCGCCGAUAUCGAAUCGGUCUUUCAAUUCCCGCAGUCCAAACAACUUGUAGAAGCAAAGGAAGAAAUCCCAUAUCAGAAUAAUGAAGACACUCCAACGACAGCAACUGCAGAAAUAGAAGCAGACAAUCAGCUGAAGAUCAUAGAGUUACAAGAAACUACGAACUUUGUACUCCAACCACCGAUAAAGUCUUCCAAAUUUAAAAGUAAAAUAAGCGAUCAAAAUGAAGAUUUAAUAUCAUAUCGUAGUAUUGCGGAACGACGUAUGGAGAAAAAAAGUGCAAUUACGAAAACCGGUAUCAGUAAGCCAUGCAGUAAUGCCAGUAAUGGAAAGGCUUUGCAGAAUGGAAUUAAGGUGGAAUCGAAAUGGCCCACAACUCCUCCUUUACCAAAAGUACAAGUAGUGGAUGUUCCAAGGUUCUUCUUCCCAAAAGGAGUUCCCAUUUCAAUAUCCGAGAAUGACGCAGCACUAAGACGAGUUAGCGAUAUAUUCAAUGCCAUUGGAAAUAAGGUGAGAAUGACCGAUAUGGCCGAAGUAUGUAGAGCGGCAGGUAUACCUAUCUACUGGAAACGGGCUGUUUAUGAUUCUUGUUGUAACAAUUUGUCAAGACCAAUCACCUUGAUGGAUUUCGCUUCCUGGUGGAACAGAAUGACUGCAGUGGCACAUGAUGAAGCAGCGCGUUUCGUGUAUACCCUAGCUGGACCUCAUCGAAAUUACUUGAUCAAAGAAGAUUUGGCACCAAUCCUUAAAGAUCUCAUCGAAACCUUCCCUGGAUUACAUUUUCUUCGUGAAGCUGAAGAAUUUCAUUCAAGAUAUGUUGAAACGGUAAUAGUAAGGAUAUUUUGGGCAGUCAAUCGAUCAUGGACUGGACGAAUUACAAUUAAUGAGCUACGCCGUUCGAAUUUCCUCGAAACAGUUAAGAAGUUGGAAACAACGGAUGACAUCAAUGCGAUAACAAAUUACUUCAGCUAUGAGCAUUUCUAUGUAAUUUAUUGCAAAUUUUAUGAAUUAGACAAAGAUCACGACUUGAUUAUCAGCAAAAUCGAUAUGUCGCAACAUUGUAACGGAGCACUUCCACCACAAAUUAUCGAUAGGAUAUUUAGCGGAGCAGUGACAAGAUCACCAGCGGGAAAGCGUAUCCGUGAGGCGCUUGAAACCAUCGGUUACACUGAUUUUGUAGCAUUUUUACUUGCGGAAGAAGAUAAGAGGCAUCCUACUAGCGUGGAGUACUGGUUUCGAUGCCUAGAUUUGGAUGGUGAUGGUGUAUUAUCAAUGUACGAGAUGGAAUAUUUCUACAACGGUGUUAAAAAUAAAAUGGAUCAGCACAAUAUCGAUUCAAUGCGUUUCGAUGACGUAGUUUGUAAUCUGUUAGAUUUAAUACGACCGAAGCAACCGAAUGUCGUUUCACUGUCGGAUUUGAAGAAGUGCCCGUUAUGUACCAGAUUUUUCAAUACAUUUGUUAACUGGGUGAAGUACUAUGAACAGGAAGCUAAUGAAGGAGAGCGAGCUACAGUGACUGAUGGUGAAGAGGAAUUGAACGAUUGGGAUAGGUACUGCUUGGAAGAGUAUGAAGCGCUGAUGGCAGAUGAUCAAGAUAAUGAUGAGCUCGAGGAUAUUAACCUAAAUCUGGAUGACGAUGAUGACCUACUGAUUGGUAGCAACGUCAACACUACGGUCAAUCUGUCAUUGCGCGAAUUUGGCGAUUCUCAGCGAACAAAGAUUUUAGAAGCAAUAUGAGAAAAAAGGUAAACGAAAAGGUUGCCUCAAAUUAUUGGUUGAUGAAAGAACCAUUUUACAUAGAAAUGGAUUCACAUUACUGAACGUUAAAUAUUGUUUAGCUUUUAUCUGUUUGUUUGUUUGAUUAAUG